GCCCCGCCCGCCGCCACCGCCCCGAGCGCGGACAUGGCGCUGCCGCCGCCUCCCGCCGCCCCCGGCCCGGCUCGAUGCUGCCGCCGCCGUUUCUCCGGGCGACGCCUGGGCCGCCCGUCGGCGGCGCCCACCGCGGCCUUCUGAAGCCGCGCCGGCGCUCCCGGCAUGGCCACGCCGCGCCUGCCCUGAGACCCGUCCCCCGCCCCCGCCAACGCCGCGCCCGCGCCGGGGCCGCCAUGCUGCGACCAUGAUGAUGGCCCGCAAGCAAGAUGGCCGCACGCCCACCUACAACGUCAGCGUGGUGGGGCUGUCCGGCACCGAGAAGGAGAAAGGCCAGUGCGGCGUCGGCAAAUCUUGCCUUUGCAACCGAUUCGUGCGGCCCGGCGCCGACGACUUCCACUUGGAGCACACCUCGGUGCUCAGCACCAGUGACUUCGGGGGCAGGGUGGUCAACAAUGACCACUUCCUCUACUGGGGCGAGGUGGCGCGGCCGCUGGAGGAGUGCGCCGAGUGCCGCGUCCACGUGGUGGAGCAGACGGAGUUCAUCGACGACCAGACCUUCCAGCCGCACCGCAGCACCGCGCUGCAGCCCUACAUCAAGAGGGCGGCGGCCACCAAGUUGGCGUCGGCGGAGAAGUUGAUGUACUUCUGCACCGACCAGCUGGGCUUGGAGCAGGACUUCGAGCAGAAGCAGAUGCCCGACGGCAAGCUGCCGGUGGACGGGUUCCUGCUCUGCGUGGACGUCAGCCGCGGCAUGAACCGCAACUUCGACGAGCAGCUCAAGUUCGUCUCCAACCUCUACAACCAGCUGGCCAAAACCAAGAAACCCGUGGUGGUGGUGCUGACCAAGUGCGACGAGGGCGUGGAGCGCUACAUCCGCGACGCCCACGCCUUCGCCCUGGGCAAGAAGAACCUGCAGGUGGUGGAGACCUCGGCGCGUUCCAACGUCAACGUGGAGCUGGCGUUCGGCACCUUGGUGCAGCUGUUGGACAAGAGCCGCGGCAAAGCCAAGAUCAUCCCCUACUUCGAGGCGCUCAAGCAGCAGAGCCAGCAGAUCGCCGCCGCCAAGGACCGCUACGAGUGGCUGGUCAGCCGCGUGGUCAAGAGCCACCACGAGGUGUGGCCGGACGUCAGCCGGCGCAUGCGGUCGGCGCCGGAGUACCAAGAUUACGUCUACUUGGAGGGCACCCAGAAGGCCAAGAAGCUCUUCCUGCAGCACGCGCAGCGCCUCAAGCAGGAGCACGUCGAGCGGCGCCGCCGCGCGUACCUGGCGCUGCUGCCGCAGGCGCUGGACGCCCUCGUGCCGGAUCUGGACGAGAUCGACCGCCUGAGCCGCGCCAAGGCCGAGAAGCUGCUGGAGGCCAAACCCGACUUCCUCAAGUGGUUCGUGGUGCUGGAGGAGACGCCGUGGGACGCCACCGACCACGUGGACGACGCCGACAACGAGCGCAUCCCCUUCGACCUGCUGGAGACGCCGGCGGCCGAGCAGCUCUACGAGGCCCACCUGGAGAAGCUGCGCGCCGAGCGGAAGCGCGCCGAGAUGCGGAGGGCGUUCCUGGAGAACCUGGAGAGCUCGCCCUUCGUCACGCCCGGCAAACCCUGGGAGGAGGCGCGCAGCUUCAUCAUGAACGAGGACUUCUACCUCUGGCUGGACGAGUCGGUCUACGUGGACAUCUACGGCAAGCACCAGAAGCGCCUGAUCGACAAAGCCAAGGAGGACUUCCAAGAGCUGCUCCUGGAGUACUCGGAGCUCUUCUACGAGCUGGAGCUGGACGCCAAACCCAGCAAGGAGAAGAUGGGCGUCAUCCAGGAGGUGUUGGGCGAGGAGCAGCGCUUCAAGGCGCUGCAGAAGCUGCAGGCCGAGCGCGACGCGCUGGUCCUCAAGCACAUCCACUUCGUCUACCACCCCACCAAGGAGACGUGUCCCGGCUGCGGCGCCUGCGUGGACGCCCGCGUGGAGCAGCUGCUGGCCUCGCGCUUCGCCCGGCCGGCCCAGCGGCGCGGCGACGCCGACGCCGACCGCAUCAACCUGGUCAUCCUGGGCAAGGACGGCUUGGCGCGCGAGCUGGCCAACGAGAUCCGCGCCCUCUGCGCCGACGACGACAAGUACGUCAUCGAGGGCAAGGUCUACGAGUUGGCCUUGAGGCCCAUCGAGGGCAACGUGCGGCUGCCGGUCAACGCCUUCCAAACGCCGACCUUCCAACCGCACGGCUGCCUGUGCCUCUACAACUCCAAGGAGUCGCUGUCCUACGUGGUGGAGAGCGUGGAGAAGAGCCGCGAGUCGGCCGCCGGCCGCCGCGACGGCCACGCCGCGCCGCAGCUGCCCCUGGCGCUGGUGUUGGUCAACAAGCGCGGCGGCGGCGAGGGCGGCGGCGAGACGCUGCAGAGCCUCAUCCAGCAGGGCCAGCGCAUCGCCGGCAAGCUGCAGUGCGUCUUCCUGGACCCGGCGUCGGCCGGCAUCGGCUACGGCCGCACCAUCAACGAGAAGCAGAUCGGCCAAGUCCUCAAGGGGCUGCUGGACGCCAAACGCGGCCUCGGCGCCGCGCCGGCGCCGGGCCCCCGGGACGCGGCCGACGGCGCCGAGCUGCGCCUGGCGGCGUGCCUGAUGUGCGGCGACCCGGUGAGCGCCGAGGAGGCGCUGCUGCCCAUCCUGCAGGCGCAGCCGUGCCGGGCGGCGCCGGGCGGCGGCGCGGCGGUGCUGCUGGAGGCGGCGGUGGGGCCGCAGCGGCGGCGGGUGGAGCUGGCGCUGCUGUCGUACCACGCGGCCUUCGGGCUGCGCAAGAGCCGCCUGGUGCACGGCUACAUCGCCUUCUACGCCGCGCGGCGCCGCGCCUCGCUGGCCACGCUGCGCGCCUUCCUCGCCGACGUGCCGGACAUCGUGCCGGUGCAGCUGGUGGCGCUGGCCGACGGCGCCGAGGCGGAGGACGAGGUGAGCCGCGAGCAGCUGGCGGAGGGCGAGGAGAUGGCGCAGGAGAUGGAGGCGCGGUUCGCCGCCCUGCCGCGCGGCCACGCCAAGCUGGACGUCUUCCAGCCCUUCCUCAAGGACGCGCUGGACAAGAAGAACGUGGUGGAGGCGGCGCACAUGUACGACAACGCCGCCGAGGCCUGCGGCGCCGCCGAGGACGUCUUCAACUCGCCGCGCGCCGGAUCGCCGCUCUGCAACUCCCACGCUGCCGACUCCGAGGAGGACGCCGAGGCGCCGCCGGGCUCCAGCCCCUUCCGCGAGGAGAUCGCCAAACUCUGCGCCGAGCCGGACGGCGGUGACGCCGCCGGGUUCGUCGCGGCGUCCUCCAAGAUGCCGCCCAAACCCAAAGCGCCGUCGCAUUUCGAGGCGGCCGAUGGCCACCGCGACAUCCGGCGGCGCUCGGCGUCGUCGUCGGCGUGGCUGGCGGCGGAUUGCUUCGACCCUUCGGACUACGCCGAGCCCAUGGACGCGGUGGCCAAGCCGCGCAGCGAGGAGGAGAACAUCUACUCAGUUCCUCAGGACAGCACCCAAGGCAAGAUCAUCACCGUGCGCAACAUCAACAAGGCGCCGUCCAACGGCGGCAGCGGCAACGGCUCCGACAGCGAGAUGGACAGCGGCUCCCUGGAGCGCCGCGGCCGCCACGGCGUCACCGUCACCGCCAAACCGCGGCUCUACCGCGCCCGCUGCGCGCGGCUCGGCCGCUUCGCCGGCUACCGGCCCGGCCUCGGCGUCGGCAGCGACGAUGAGUUGGGCUCGGGCAGGAAGAAGGACGAAGAACCCGGCGGCCAUGGCGGGUACAAGGGGGACAGCGCCGGAAUGGCCUUCGAGGCGGCCGACGGGGAGGAUCCGCGCCGCAGGAACAUCCUCAGGAGCCUCAGGAGGACCACCAAGAAGCCGAAGGCGAAGGCGCGUCCGUCGCUGUCCAAGGCGCCGUGGGAGAGCAGCUACUUCGGGGUGCCCCUGGCCAGCGUGGUCAGCCCCGAGCGGCCCAUCCCCGUCUUCAUCGAGCGCUGCAUCCAGUACAUCGAGGCCACCGGGCUGAGCACGGAGGGGAUUUAUCGCGUCAGCGGCAACAAGUCGGAGAUGGAGAGUCUGCAGCGCCAGUUCGACCAGGACCACGGCCUGGACCUGGCUGAGAAGGAUUUCACCGUCAACGCCGUGGCCGGAGCCAUGAAAAGUUUCUUCUCGGAGCUGCCGGAGCCGCUGGUGCCCUACGCCAUGCAGCUGGAGCUGGUGGAGGCCCACAAAAUCGGGGACCGGGAGCAGAAGCUGCUGGCGCUGCGGGACGUCCUGCGGCGCUUCCCCCGCGAGAACUACGAGGUCUUCAAAUACGUCAUCGCCCACCUCAACAGGGUCAGCCAACAGCACCGCGUCAACCUGAUGACCAGCGAGAACCUGUCCAUCUGCUUCUGGCCGACGCUGAUGCGGCCGGACUUCAGCACCAUGGACGCGCUGACCGCCACCAGGACCUACCAGACAAUCAUCGAACUCUUCAUCCACCAGUGCCCCUUCUUCUUCUCGCUCCGGCCGCCUCCGGACACGCCCGGCUCGCCCGGCCCGGCUCCGGCCACCGCGCCGUCCCCGCCGUCCCCUGCUCGGACGCCGUCGCCGCCGCCGGAGACGCUCGAGCCGUGACGGCGGCGCGGGAGCGACGGCCGGACGGGACUUUGGCCUUUUUGGAGUGACCAACGGGGUGUCCGGCCGGGUUUGGUCAUUCGGAGUGACCGCCGGGAUUUCCGGCCGGAAAUUGGCCGGAAUUUGGAGUGACCGGCGGUGUGUCCGGCCGGGUUUGGUCAUUCAGAGUGACCGCCGGGAUUUCCGGCCAGGCUUUGGUCAUUCGGAGUGACCGCCGGCGUGUCCGGCCGGGCUUUGGUCAUUCGGAGUGACCGCCGGCGCGUCCGGCCGGAAUUCGGAGUGACCGCCAGAAUUUUCGGCCUUUUCCGGAGUUUGGCCUUUUCGGAGUGACCAAUGGGAUGUCCGGCCGGGAAUUGGCCGGAAUUCGGAGUGACCGCCGGGAUGUCCGGCCGGAAUUCAGAGUGACCGCCAGAUUUCAGCCCUUUCCGGUGUGUCCUGGUGGAAUUCGGCCUUUUCGGAGUGACCGCCGGGAUGUCCGGCCGGAAAUUGGCCGGAAUUCAGAGUGACCGCCGGGAUUUGGCCCUUUCCAGAGUGACCGCCGGGAUGUCUGGCCGGAAUUCAGAGUGACCACCAGGAUGUCCAGCAGGGAUGUCCAGUCGGAAUUUGGCCUUUUCAGAGUGACCACUGGAAUUUGGCCAUUCUGGAGUGACCGCUGGGAUGUCCAUCCGGAAUUUGGCCCUUCCAGAGUGACCCGGUGGAAUUCGACCCUUCUGGAGUGACCACUGGGAUGUCCAGCUGGGAUUUGGAGUGACCACUGGGAUGUGCGGCCGGAAUUCAGAGUGACCGCUGGGAUGUCCGGCAGGAAUGUCCAGUUGGAAUUUGGCCCCUUCUGGAGUGACCAGUAGGAUGCGUGGCCGGAAUUCGGAGUGACCGCCGGGAUUUGGAGUGACCGCCGGGAUGCGCGGCCGGAAUUCGGAGUGACCGCCGGGAUUCGGAGUGACCGCCGGGAUUUGGGAUGUGCGGCCGGAAUUCGGAGUGACCACUGCGAUGUGCGGCCGGAAUUCGGAGUGACCACCGGGAUUUGGGAUGUGCGGCCGGAAUUCGGAGUGACCGCCGGGAUUCGGGAUGUCCGGCCGGAAUUCGGCUGCAGGAGGGGCUCGGCCGUUGCCGGGGACGUUUGCCCAGACUUUGGCCAGGCCGGCCGGACGCCCCCGGGAUGGGCCUGGGAGGGGCUGGAAGGGGGUGGGGGUGGCCGAGGUGGCCGGAGGGUCACUCCUGGUGGUCCAAGGGUCACUCCUGGUGGUCCAAGGGUCAUUCCUGGUGGUCCAGAGUGGCCUGAGGGUCAUUCCAAGUGGUCCAAGGGUCAUCCCAGGUGGUCCAAGGGUCAUUCCUGGUGGUCCAAAUGUUGUCCAUCAUGGUCCAGGGUGGCCUGAGAGUCAUUCCUGGUGGUCCAAGGGUCACUCCAGGUGGUCUGAGGUGGUCCAAGGGUCAUUCCUGGUGGUCCAGAGUGGCUUGAGGGUCAUUCCAAGUGGUCCAAGGGUCAUGCCAGGUGGUCCAAGGGUCAUUCCAGGUGGUCUGAGGUGGCCUGAGGGUCAUCCCAGGUGGUCCAAGGGUCAUUCCAGGUGGUCCAAAUGUUGUCCAUCAUGGUCCAGGGUGGCCUGAGGGUCAUUCCAGGUGGUCCAAGGGUCACUCCAGGUGGUCCAAGGGUCAUUCCGGGUGGUCCAAGGGUCACUCCAGGUGGUCCAAGGGUCAUUCCGGGUGGUCCAAGGGUCACUCCAGGUGGUCCAAGGGUCAUUCCGGGUGGUCCAAGGGUCACUCCAGGUGGUCCAGGGUGGCCUGAGGGUCAUUCCAGGUGGUCCAAGGGUCAUUCCAGGUGGUCCAAGGGUCAUUCCAGGUGGUCCAGGGUGGCCCAAGGAGAUCCAAGGUGGCCCAACAUCCAUCCAAGGCUCAUCCAACAUUGCCCAGGGUCCAUCCGAGGGGGUCCAAAGUGGCCCAAAUUCCACCCCAGGUUGCCCAAAUCCCACCCCAGGUUGCCCAAAUCCCAUCCCAGGUGGCCCAAAUUCCAUCCCAGGUGUCCCAAAUCCCACCCCAGGUUGCCCAAAUUCCAUCCGAGGUGGCCCAGGGUCAUCCGAGGUGGUCCAAAGUGGCCCAAAUUCCACCCAAAGUUGCCCAAAUUCCAUCCCAGGUUGCCCAAAUUCCACCCAAAGUUGCCCAAAUUCCAUCCCAGGUGGCCCAAAUUCCAUCCGAGGUGGUCCAAAGUGGCCCAAAUCCCACCCGAGGUGCCCAAAUUCCACCCAAAGUUGCCCAAAUUCCAUCUGAGGUUGCCCAAAUUCCACCCGAGGUUGCCCAAAUUCCACCUAAAGUUGCCCAAAUUCCACCCCAGGUUGCCCAAGGUCCACCCGAGGCCACCGCGGCUCCUCAGACCCCCCAAGACCCCAAAUCCCAAAAUUCCCAAAAAUCCCCAAAAUUCCCAAAAUCCCCAAAAUUCCCAAAAUCCCUCAAAAUUCCCCCCAAAAUCCCCAAAAUCCCCAAAUCCGCCCCAAAGCACUUCCGGGGUGGGGGAGGGGCCUUGGACCUCCCCUCCCGCCCCCCCAAAUUUGGGCUUUUCCCACCAAAAAAAAAUCGGGAAUUUUGGGAAUUUUAAGGAAAUUUGGGAAUUUUUGGGGAUUUUUUGGGAUUUUCAUGGUACCACCGGGACCUCCCGGGUCUCUUCGCACUUUAAGACGUCCCCGAGACCCCACCCCGGGCACAAAAAUCCCCCAAAAAAUUCAAAAUUAAAGAAAAAG